AUGGACAAGAACAACGGUAACCAGAGGAGAAGAAGAGCUAGUGGGGAAGACGAUCAGACAAGUAAUCAACGCCGUCGAACAAACCCAGUGGUAAUGGUGACGAACGAGCCUCAAAACGACGGCGUCCAGUCUGAAGACGCGAACAGCAAUCGGAACGGAGGUAAUCAGAUAAGAAGAGUCUGGGAAGACGAUCGGGCAACCAAUCAAGUACUGAUGGUGAUGAGCGAGCCUGGAAACGACGGCGUACAGACUGGUGAUGAUAACGACGCACCCCUCCAUCCCCUUUCACUGAGUUUGCGACCACCAACGUCGUACUCCUCUCAGAUCGCGCCGCCGUUGCUUCGUCUGGCACCACCAUCGCCUGUUGCUCCCUCGCUUAUGACGCAAACGACGUGGUCGCCACGUUACUUGAUGACGCGAUUCCCUUCGUCUCAGCCUUAUCUUACGACAUCGCCCUCGUAUCUACUCUCAUCCUCGCUCAUCUACUCUCCGUACCAGACACUCUCUCGAGGAUCCUCAACACCGAUUCAGCCUCCGACGUUUGAUUUUCUCACUCCGGAAAGACCAGUCGUUAGACCAGUAGCCACCGCGGCUGAGUCACGUCGGAGUUACAGAUCGCAAUCAAGCCGUAAUCAAAAAGACGAUACAAUCCCGCCGCCGUAUCCCUGGGCGACUAACAAACGUGGAGCGAUACAAAGCCUAGAGAAUCUCGAAUCCAAACAGAUCACCACCAUCACCGGCGACGUGCAAUGCAAGCACUGUGAGAAAGUGUAUCAGAUGAGUUACAAUCUGAGGGAGAAGUUCUCCCAAGUAGAGAACGUCUUCGUGACGCGCAAGAGGCUCAUGAGAGAACGAGCUCCCGCGUUUUGGACAAACCCAGAACCGAUGAGAUGCGAGCUUUGUGGCCGUGACAAGGCGGUGAAGCCCGUCAUUGCUGAUCGGAAGAGUCAGAUCAACUGGUUGUUUUUGCUUUUGGGACAGAUGUUGGGUUACUGUACGUUGGAGCAGCUCAAGAAUUUCUGCAAACACUCCAAGAGUCACAGGACCGGAGCUAAGGAUCGUGUGCUUUACUUGACGUAUCUGGGUCUUUGCAAGAUGCUUGAGCCUAACCGUGAGCUCUUUAACCGUGAAACCUCUAGGUGGUAA